CGUGUCUUGUAAGUCAAGUAAACAAAGCUUCUUGGUGAGUGUGUGACAAAAGACUGUGAGCAGCAGUACUCUGCGGAUCAGGGCUAUAAUUAUCUUACAGCUACUAGUACCUGGCCGCCCCAGGGCAGGUCAGGAAGGUCAGGACAAUGGCGACAAGUCGUGAUCUGGGUCAGCAACUCCAUAAUGCUUCCGAGUAUGGUCGUGUGGACGAGGUGGAGAGGCUGCUGGCUAGAGGAGCUCCUGUAGACUGGAGGGACAGUGUUGGAUGGACCGCUCUCCAUAGGGCAUGCAAUCACAACCGCCCUCAUGUAGUGAAGAUACUCACACAGCAAGAUGGCAUCGAUAUCAAUGUACAAACUAAUGCUAAGAACACUCCCCUAUACUUUGCCUGCCGCAGGGGAUACCUGAAGUGUGUCCAGUUACUAAUGGCAACUGGACAGUGUGACCUAGGAGCUGUGACCGGUGGUGGACUAACUCCACUGGGAGUGGCAGUCAGAGAGGGGGAGCUGGACACUAUCAAGUACCUCAUCAGGGAGUGUAAUGUGGAUAUCAAUAGAGCUGUGACCAGUGGUGGACUAACUCCACUGGGACUGGCAGUCAGAUGGGGGAAGCUGGACACUAUCAAGUACCUCAUCACAGAGUGGAAUGUGAAUAUCAAUGGAGCUGUGACCAGGAAUGGACUAACUCCACUGAGACUGGCAGUCAGAGAGGGGGACCUGGACACUAUCAAGUACCUCAUCACAGAGUGCAAUGUUGAUAUCAAUAGAGCUGUGACCAGUGAUGGACUAACUCCACUGGGACUGGCAGUCAGAGAGGAGCACCUGGACGCUAUCAAGUACCUCAUCACAGAGUGCAAUGUGGAUAUCAAUGAAUAUGGAAUGCUGCUCAGGCAAAAAAGCUUAGUGAGAUCAGGGCACCUGCACCACCACCUGCCUCUUUGCAGCCUUUAUACUUAGCCAGCAAACUAGAUCCAUCAAGCAUCUGCCUGAGUUUGUCACUCCCCUAGAUUUAACGGCAUAAUUAUUAUUGAUGCUGAUUGUCUUAAACGAGAAGCUUGCGCAUAAAAUUGAUACGCAAUCUAUGAACUGCGUGUUUACGCACUCGUUGCUAGAGCGCUACGCCCACGGUAUAAAAGGGGCAGGGCCCGGCCGAAAGUGAAUGCUGCUGCAAAUGGCGGCUAAUUCAAACUCUGGCUGCUCU